UUUAAAUACUGGUCAAACAUAUUAAAGUUCCAAUCUCUCAUUAUACUGGAGGAGGAGAGGCAUCAUCAUACUUUUGUGUUGAAUACAGAAUCCUUAUCUAGGCCAAGUUAGUUACUGUGGUUCCAAGGUUGAGAGAUAAUCCAAGAGGCAAAGUCCUUUAACCAGUACGACGUCAUCAUCAUUGUUUGUGUAGCACAGAAGCAUACGGUAAAAUCAUAAAUGUGAAAGAAGCAAGCUUGACAACAAUAUUUACUGAAAACUCUUAGCAAGUGAUAAACAUCACAAGGAGAAGUUCUCAAAAUUCAGAGUGAUAAAAUAACAAAAACAAGCAGGUUGCCAAGAAAGAGAUUGCUGAAUUACCAAGAAAAGGUGAUAGCACCAUGGAAUCCAAACAAAAUGUAUCAAAAUUGAACAAGAUCUUCUUUUUCAUCAUAAUACAAAUUGUUUUAUCAUGUAUCAUUUUUUAUUUAAUUCGGAUUAAGAUGGAAAAUGUAACAGAGAUUGAACAACCAAACAAAAUAGUAGAUGUACUACAAAAGCCAUUUUAUGUAAUUUUGCUUUGGACAUGGCCAUUCAACUAUCACUUUCCACUCAACAACUGUCCACAACCCUUUGACUCUUCUGACUGUUUUUUUACACUUGACCGCAAUUUGUUCUCGUCAGCAAAAGCUGUUGUAAUCCAUCACAGGAAUGUAUGUGAUUCCAAACAGCAACUGCCUCAGUUACCAAGACCCCCAAAUCAGUACUGGAUUUGGUUUAACACAGAGUCCCCAUCUCACAGUCCAAAUUUAGCCUUUAUGGAUAAUCUUAUUAAUCUUACUAUGUCAUAUCGGGCCGACUCUGAUAUUUUUGCACCUUAUGGUUGGCUGGAAAUGCACAAUGAAACUCAAAACUUCACCAUUCCUAAGAAGACCAAGUUGGUGGCCUGGGCAAUUACUAAUUGGAAUCCAUCCUCCAGAAGAGUGAAAUACUACGCAGAGCUAAAAAAUUACUUAAAGGUUGACCUCUAUGGCAAGUUUUACAAUUAUAUACCAUUAGCAAAGACUGAGAAAUUAGCAACUCUAUCCAAAUACAAAUUUUACUUGACGUUUGAGAAUUCUAUUCAUGAAGAUUAUAUUACAGAGAAACUCUGGACCAAUGCAUUUCUUUCAGGUACUGUGCCAGUUGUCAUGGGCCCACCACGGAAAAACUAUGAACGAUAUAUACCUGCAGAUUCUUUUAUACAUGUAGAGGAUUUUCCUUCUGCCAAAGAACUGGCCUCCUAUCUGCUUGCCCUGGACAAAGACGAUCAAAAAUAUCAACAAUAUUUUAAUUGGAGAAGUACAUAUCAGCCAACAAAACAGCGGAGAUCCUGGAUAGUUGAAUACUGCAGAGUAUGCAAAGCACUGAAAGAGGCCCCAGUUUACAGGACCAUUCCAAGUAUUGCUGAAUGGUUCAAAUAAUGAUUGAUUAGUAAAAUUGUGAUAAAAUGAUCACAUACAACUAGAAGCUGAAAUGUGUGUUAUGGCAAAAAUAUGUAAAUGAGGGGUUUUGCAAACAUCAUGGUAAACCAAAGGACCCCAAAAUGUAAUUUCCCCCCAUUAUUGUUUUUAAAUAAAUGUUUCAAAACAUAUAGGUUUAAUAUUACAUAAUAUUUUUGGUUAGGGGUAAUGUAGUGUAAGUGUUUUAAGUAAUGUAGGGGUAAAUGUUUAGUGAUAGUGUAGUGUGUAAGUAUAAAUGUGUAGUGUAUGGGGUUAAUGUGGAGUGUGUUAGGGUAAUAUUGGUGUUAAUGCAUAAGGGAACUGUAAAUUUUUCAAAGAAGCUUUAUAUGUGCCAUCGGGACAAUUACAGCAAUAUAAAAAGGUGUAAUGCAGGAGACACGCAGGUCUCUCAU